AUGAAUGGUAUUAAUCCUAUUUCUCUUCAAAGCAGUAAGGUGAAAAAACCUUGUAUUUUUAUCUCCAUUUUUAAUCCAUCUAGUUCUGGACUAUAUGUUGCAAUUUGUAGGUAUCGGCUCAAUGAAGAGAAAGCUGAGUGGAUUAUAUAUGUUACUGAUGUUGGCCAACAGCAGCAUUUUGAUAUGGUGUUCAAAGCUGCGAAACGUGCAGGGUGGCUUCCUCAAGGUGACAAUUCAUAUCCCAAAGCAAGCCAUGUUGGUUUUGGACUUGUUCUCGGAGAAGAUGGCAAGCGUUUUCGAACCCGUAACACUGAAGUAGUUCGAUUAGUUGAUCUACUUGAUGAAGCCAGGAGCCGAAGUAAAGCAGCACUAAUUGAGCGUGGUAAGGGGGAAGAAUGGACCGAGGAGGAGAUUGAGAGUACUGCUGAUGCAGUUGGUUAUGGUGCUGUAAAGUAUGCUGACUUGAAGAACAACAGAUUGACCAAUUACACUUUUAAUUUUGACCAGAUGCUUAAUGAUAAGGGCAACACUGCUGUUUAUUUGCUGUAUGCUCAUGCUCGAAUAUGUUCAAUCAUCAGGAGAUCUGGUAAAGACGUAGACGAACUGAUGAAUAAGGGGACAUUAGUAUUGGAGCAUAAGGAUGAGCGUGAUUUGGGGCUUCAUUUGCUACAGUUUGCUGAGGUUGUUGAAGAGGCGUGUACAAAUUUGUUACCAAAUGUUUUGUGUGAUUACCUCUAUAAUUUAUCUGAAGUCUUCUCGAAAUUUUAUAGCAACCCCGAGUGCAAGGUCAUUGGAUCAGAUAAUGAGACUAGUCGACUACUAUUAUGUGAAGUGACUGCCGUUGUUAUGAGAAAAUGCUUCAAUCUUCUGGGAAUCACAGCCAUUUACAAGAUAUGAUAAUACUUUGCGAGACAUAUAUAACCUAUCUUCUUUACUUUGAGCUUU